AUCGAAAAUACGACUUCUUUGCAGAGGAUCGCCCAAGGGAAGGCGAAGGGGGGGUGAAAGAGCAGCGACUGCGGGAACCGUUGAAGGGCGGACGGGUGGGAGGGUCCCCGGCUGGCUGGCAGGCGGGCAGGCAGGGCUGGCUGGGCGAGAACCUGCCCCCCAUCCACCCGGAAUCCCUCGCGCAGCUCUGGAUGCGCGUUGGGCGUGGAGAGGAGAGGAGGCGGCGCGCCCUCGUAGGAGAAGCUAAGGGGGAAGUUGGCGAGCGGCUCGGUUUCUUUCGGAGGGCCGGGGAUGGCUCGGCCGCCUUCCCGCUCGGGUCUUCGCCUCGCGGAAGAAAGGAAAGCGGGCUCCAGCGGGUUUGUCCUGGCGCCCGGGGAGCAGUAGAUGAAAGGACCCAGGGGCAAAAAGUAGAGCGGAGCCGAGCUGGGUUCCGUUGUGAUGUGUGACCAGCACAGCCCUAGCAGUCUCCUCCAGACGUGGAUCAUUCGCAGCUGAGGCUUGCUGAUGGAUAUGGCAGGCUGGUUCAAGACGUUGUUGCAGAAACCCAGGAAGAGGCCGGAUGCCUCAAAUGGUACCCCUGGGUGUUCUCUUUCCUCACCUUCUCCUCCCGUGCAGAAAAGUCCAAGUUCACUUCCUCGUAGCUUGACCAGCAGCCCCAAACUGGGGUACUCCAUUGCCCGGAUUGUAAGCCAUUCCGAUAGUGCCCGAUGGAGCAAGUUAUACGAUGUCUGCAUUUGCCACAGUGAGGGGGACCUUGAGUUUGUGGAAGAGCUGGUGGCCUACUUGGAGAAGCAGCCCGAACGUUUCCGUUGCUUUCUUCAGCUGCGGGACUCUGUUCCAGGUGGGGCUGUUGUGACGGAGCUGUGCAACGCCGUCCAGAACAGCCACUGUUGGGUGCUGUUGAUCACACCCAACUUUCUUAAGGAUCCUUGGUGUUGCUACCAGAUGCACCACGCCUUGACCGAGGCGCCCAUGGCCAACGGGCGUACCAUCCCUGUGCUGAAGGAUAUAGACCGCACCGACUACCCCAGGGAACUCCGAUGUAUUUACUACAUCAGCGUGGUGCUCCAAGAGAACAGUUUCCGACAGAUCAAAGAGACGAUACUGCGUUAUCUCCUGGACUUUUGUCAAAACACAAGAAGCAAAGACUAACUGCACUUUUGGAUGAAAAAAAAAAGAUUCUUGGUUACAGGAAGGUAAAAAGAAAGGCUUUCGGUAUAUGGAAUUUGGAGAAGAAGCCUUUAUGGUGAAGUUAUCCUCUCUCACUGCGGUUGACUUGAUUUGAAGACAGAUUCCAUUUGAUGCUGAGAUUUAACUCUCCGCACUUGACUGAUUAGCUUUAUUUUGGAGAUGAGUGAUGCUUUAAUCAUCCUGUUUCCGCCUGGAAAUAGACCCGGUCAAGAAAUAAAGACUGCAGGGAUCCCAGGAAUGCAACUAUUAUGGAAGACAGUUAAAAUCCUUCCAAAAUGCCCCCUUUUAAGGACACAACAAGAUUAAGGUCAAGGCGGGACCGUUUUUGAGUUUCUUAAUUUUUACUUUCCCGGAACUGAGGAACCGUUUUACAGAGCUAAAUUCCGUCAUUAUACUAACGAUUCUGAUGAGAUUUGGUGGACAGUAGAACACUAAUGUGUAACAAGAAGAUGCAAGUGGUUGUGUUCAUAGGUCAGCCAGUCAUGUCCUUCUCUGUAAUGUCCCAUUUCCUUUCCUUUCCAUCUUGUUUGGCGUUUCUCUGCAGUCCUAACAGUUGGUCAGUACAAUGCGGCUUUGUUCUUUUAGUCACAUUCAACUGGGUUCCAGUUUCCUUCCACCCAUAGUCUCCCUACUCCCCCUCCCCCCCCUUUUUUUUAUAUUGGGUUCCUCCAAAUCUGCUGCUAGCUUCUUCAUAGUCCUCAACUUACAACCAUUUGUUUAGCGACUGUUCAAAGUUACAACUGCACUGAAAAAGGGACUUAUGACCGGUCUUUGCACUUAUGACCAUUGUAGCAUCCUCAUGGUCAUGCUUACGAUGAUGAUUAUAGGUCACAUAAGCAAAAUUUGGCAUGUAUUUACAAAGGAUUGUAGCAUCCCAAGAUCAUGUAAUCGCCAUGUGUGACCUUCUUAGCAGGCUACCAACAAGCAAAAUUAUGGGGGGGUGGGGGGGAGCUGCAUUUGCUUAAUGACUUUAUGAUUCAGUUAACAACUGCAGUGAUUUGCUUAACCCUGGCCAAAAAAAAAAAAAAAAGGUUAUAAAAUUGGCUGUGACUCACUUAAUAACCACCCUGCUUAGCAAUCCAAAUUGUGAUUCUAUAAAGUUCUUCCUGAGCAUCAGGCACAAUGAAUUCUAGACCUGUGAGCAUCAUUGUAUUGGGUGGCUGAAGGCUACAAAGAAGGUUUCUGCAACAUCUGGGACUUUAUACAUAGGUGUCCGAAUUAUAUCUAAAGGUAAAGGUAAAGGUUCCCCUCGCACAUACGUGCUAGUCGUUGCCGACUCUAGGGGGCGGUGCUCAUCUCCAUUUGAAAGCCGAAGAACCAGCGCUGUCCGAAGACGUCUCCGUGGUCAUGUGGCCGGCAUGACUGAACGCCAAAGGCGCACGGAACGCUGUUACUUUCCCACCAAAGGUGGUCCCUAUUUUUCUACUUGCAUUUUUACGUGCUUUCGAAACUGCUAGGUUGGCAGAAGCUGGGACAAGUAACGGGAGCUUACCCUGUUACACGGCAGCACUAGGGAUUCGAACUGCCGAACUGCCAACCUUUCGAUCGACAAGCUCAGGUGUCUUAGCCCCUGAGCCACCGUGUCCCAUACACAGUGACAAUUAUAUCUAAAUACAGGUAAUCCUUGACUUACAGCCGUUCAUUUAGGGACUGUUCACAGUUACAACAUCACUGAAAAAAAGGGAGUUACAACCAUUUUUCACAUGACCCUAGCAGCAUCCCCAUGAUCAGAGUACAGACAGUUGGCAACUGGUUUGUAUUUAUGACGGUUGCAGCAUCCUGGAGUCAUGUUAUCACCUUUUGCGGCUUUCUGACAAAGUCAAUGGGGAAACCAGAUUCACUUAAGAACUGUGUUACUGAUUUAACAACUGCAGUGAUUCACUUAACUGUGGCCAGAUAGGUUGUAAAAUGGGACAAAAUUCAGUUAGCAAACGUCUCGCUUAGCAGUAUAAAUUUUGAGCUCAAUUGUGGUCGUAAGUUGAGGAUUUCCUGUAUUAUAGCUUUAAUAAAAUGGCAGUAUUAACCAUGUUUAAAAAAAAACCCAGCAUAAUACUGCCCUGAGUUUGUAGCCAAGGUUGGCUUUACAUUUCUUGGCAGUACACAAUUAUUAAUUUGAAAAAAUUCAGAUCCUACCAUUUACACUCCAGUGAACCGCCUGUUGAUUGACAAGGGUGCUGUGAGGUUUUGUUUUCACAUUUGUACGAUUUACGGAAAAUGUAGGUGGCUGAAUUUGCAUAUUGUGCUAAACUGAAAUACUGGUUAGUUUUGGUUUAGGGGUGUGAAUCGGGCCUUUUUUGGUUCUCUGCAAAGCCUGCUAACUAUGUAGCUUUUUCAACAAAGAUGAACUAACCUCUGAUUUUAAAAAAUCCAGUCUGUGUUUAUACGGUGGGAGUUUAAUUUAAUCCUGUAUCUUCCAGGGUUAGUAUUACCUUGAACUGUCACUGAAAAUAUAAUGUUAGCCAAUGAUCCUUCUAGGAAUGAUUUGUGUAAUUUGAAAUGAAAGGAACAUCUGAGAUUUCAUUCUAAAUUGCGGGUGCAUUUCCCAUGAUGUAAAUCAGAAUGCUGAAUUGCAUUUGGAAUGUAGUUGGGUUUACCUGCAAUGUUUGGAAUACUAGUUAUGACCAGUGGUGGGAUUCAAAUAAUUUAAUAACCGGUUCUCUGCCUUAAUGAUUUCUUCCAACAACCAGUUCACCAAACGGCUCAGAAAAUUAAUAACCAGUUCUCCCGAAGUGGUGCGAACUGGCUGAAUCCCACCACUGGUUACGACUUAGAAUGGCCCAUACAACUUGGCAUAAAUUCGUUUUUUUGUAUCAGAGGACAAAUGGCCAGUAGAAACCAUAUGAUUAUAAGAUGAAAAGGAUCUUUGCUGCUUCAAUAAAUUUUGGAACUCUCUGCAAAGAGAGGCUGGAUUGA